AGUCGGGCUGCCAGGACCCACGCCGGUCCUCGGAUAGAGAGGGACUCACAGUCUCCACACACUCAGCAAGACUAGAUCAGCGGGGAAGGAAGCUCUUCUUCGCUGAAAAGAUGGAUAUAAGUUUGCAUCUUCAGGCAUGGAGGCGCAUACGGUGUGGCGUUUAAUUGCAGUUUUUUCUCGUAUCUUUCUGCUGUGGCUGUGAAGCGCAGAGAGGACACAGGGGAACACCUGCCUGUCUGCAUGGCCGUGGACUAGAUUCUGUUUGGAAAGUGUCUCAAAGAUUCUCCGAGAGUGACGUUCCGCUCUUUUCACCGCAAACUGGGGUACGGAAAGAGUGCACUUACUGCGCCAGUGGUUUCAGUGCGGACUGCGACAUAACGGUCUUGAAGGGAACAGCUGGUACACUCAGAGCACAGUCGUAUUUGUCUUGUCUUCUGAAAGAUCACGCUCUUUGCAUAUGAAGCAGUAGAAGACACGUGAGAGAGAGAGCUUGCAUCAUCAUUAUCAUCAUUAUCAUCCCUGGUGCAUCAUGGGUACUGUACUGUCACUGUCACCCGGCUCACGGAAGUCAGGCUACUAUGACAACCGCCCCGGCUCACUGAGCCACUACCCGAGCCUCAGCAGCCGCUCUCUGAACAGUCAAAAAGAGCGCGGACUAAAGCGAGGCCAGUCCAUCUUCCUCCCCGUGCUCACGUGGAAGCGACUGGUGGCGUCCACCAAGAAGAAAGGGAAUGCCAAAAAAGGUUCCAAUGUUCCAGUUGCCCUCGGCGACCCUCUCAAUAAUAACAACAUAAACAUUUACCAAAAGGACCCGGUGCUGCACCUCAACCGUGAGAACGUGAGGAAGUCUUUGUCAUGUGCCAAUUUGUCCACUUACGAGGUCUCAGCAGGACUGGGGCUUGGGCUGGGAUACGGUCUUGGACUGGGUAUGGGUCACGGAUACGGCUACAUGAAACCCCAGCAGCUUUCCUCGGUGAAAAAAGUUCCCCAGGCCCCGCUGACCACAUCCCCUAAACGCGUCAUCGUGCAAGCGUCCACCAGCGAGCUUCUCCGAUGCUUGGGGGAGUUCUUGUGUUGUCGCUGCUACCGCCUCAAGCAUCUGUCCCCGGCUGAUCCGGUUCUCUGGCUGCGGGCCGUGGAUCGCUCACUUCUACUGCAGGGCUGGCAAGACCAGGCUUUCGUCACGCCUGCUAACGUGGUCUUCGUCUAUAUGCUGUGUCGAGACGUUGUGGACGGCGACUUGGUGGCAUCGGAACACGAGCUUCAGGCCAUCUUGCUCACCUGUCUCUACCUGUCCUACUCUUAUAUGGGAAAUGAAAUCUCCUAUCCGUUAAAGCCCUUCCUGGUCGAGGCCGGUAAGGAAGCCUUCUGGGAUCGCUGUCUCGCCAUCAUCAACGCUACCAGUUCCAAAAUGCUGCGUAUCAACGCAGACCCUCACUUUUUUACGCAGGUGUUUGCCGAACUUAAAAGUGAAGGGAGCUGUGUUCCUCAAGACUAUAGUCGGGUUCUGGAUCGGUGAGAGGAGUUUCGGGUGCACUUUCUCAUCCUCAGCAGGCAUUUUUUUUUAAUGCUCAUGCACAUAAUUUGACUAAGGCACAUACAUUUAGAGUAGUUACUGAGGAAUUAAUGAGAAACUAAUGAGUAGUGGUUAUGUAAAUUAGUUCCUCAUUAACUAUUGUCAUUUUGAGAAUUGGAAAAUUUGAAAUCCUCACACGGCGGUCCAGUGGUUAGCGUGCAGACCUCACAGCUAGGAGACCAGGGUUCAAUUCCACCCUCGGCCAUCGGAAUAAAAGACGCCACUUGAUGUAUCCUGAAGUAAUCACAAUUGACUAUUACUGGAUAUAUAUAUUUCCUUUAAGUUAUAUUUUUUCAUAAUAUAUUUCAAAUAAUAUGCUUGGGAGUGACCGUGAUGGAUAGGAUCAGGAACAAGUACAUCAGAGGGACAUUACAUGUUAGAGGCCUUGGAGAUAAAAUCAGAGAGGGUUCAAUUCCACCCUUGGCCAUCUCUGUGUGGAGUUUGCAUGUUCUCCCCGUGCAUGCGUGGGUUUUCUCCGGGUACUCCGGUUUCCUCCCACAUUCCAAAAACAUGCUAGGUUAAUUGGCGACUCCAAAUUGUCCAUAGGUAUGAAUGUGAGUGUGAAUGGUUGUUUGUCUAUAUGUGCCCUGUGAUUGGCUGGCCACCAGUCCAGGGUGUACCCCGCCUCACGCCCGAAGACAGCUGGGAUAGGCUCCAGCACCCCCCGCGACCCUCGUGAGCAGUAGAAAAUAAAUGAAUGAAUGAAUGAAUAAUAAAACAAGAAACUAUAUAUUAUGGCAUUUUUGGCCAUUAUUUCUCUUAUUUUCAACAAUCACUCAUUCAUUCAUUUUUUAAUGCUUAUCCUCAAAAGGGUCGCGGCGGGUGCUGGAGCCUAUCCCAGCUGUCUUUGUCUAUAUGUGCCCUGUGAUUGGCUGGCGACCAGUCCAGGGUGUACCCCGCCUCACGCCCGAAGACAGCUGGGAUAGGCUCCAGCACCCCCGCGACCCUUGUGAGGAAAAGCGGUAGAAAAUGAAUGAAUGAAUGAAAUCCUCACACUGGAUUGGACUUUGCAACUCUUCAGGAGAUAUGUAGCAAAAUGUAAACACCCCCCCCCCCCACCCCCCCAACAACAAACAGCCAUGAAACCUCCUUAGGGAAGCUCAUAAUUGGACUCCCAUUUGUGUUGUUUACCUGCAAAAAUCCGCCCUGCGUUUACUUGAAGUUUUCGGAGCCAUUUGUUCCACUCGGCCCAUCAAACAUCGCACGGCAUGCGUCUGCCUGCAGUUGUCUCAGCUGCCUCUCCGCAUCAACACAUGCAGGCACCCCCCCUCAGCAUCCUCAUGCACCUCUUUGAAUGUGAUAAAUCAGCGUGCACGGCUCAGACCGCUCAGGACGCCAUCCUCACCGCUCUUUCUCUCUUGCCAAGAAGCACCAUCAUUAUGGAUGUCCAGUGGUCGUAUAUCCCUAAAACAUUCAAGCAGAUUGGAUUGACAUUUUCAUCAGAUUUAAUAAUAAAAUGUGCUACAGACAGUUUAAUCCGCAUUAGUUAGAUUUUCCCGGACAAUGGAGACAUCCCGAUCAGUCGGGGCGGAGAAAACGGACCCGGAUUGAUGGGAGCAGCUGCAUGUCGGUACCAUGCAGGUCCUGCUGUGUAACAAACUGCUUGUGUUUAGUCUAAAGCCUUUUGUGGGUCAUCUAUCCGGAGGGGGACAGUUGCCUAUUUUUACUUCACCCACUGAGCUUUUUCUGUGUCGUUUUACGGUGAAGCCUGAUUUAGUAUGCGAGCGGAAAAACCUGUUGUGAUGUGGACAACCGCCAGGGUCAUCAGCUGUUUAGGCCGUCCUGUGUUUCCCCUGUCUCUUGUCGACAGACCGCCACACAGCUCGGGUAUUAAUUAGAUUACCAGAUUACUACAGCCCCGCCCCCUUCUACUUCAUAACCACCCCUUCUUGUCCACUCGGCAACCCCUGCAGAGUCGGCCCCGCUAAUCCAGGCCAUGCUGGACAGCAGGCAUUUAAAUGCCUUGUCAUGUGCGGCUCGACGCUGAAUUAAAAAGUGUGACACACGUGCACCGCUCAAGGUCCAAUGAGAGAUCAGUUAGUGCAGAAUUUGGCCUCCGUUUUUCUCACGAGUGUGCCGGACGUUCUCAUGUGUCAUCUCGAGGCUCAAGAGGACAGCGAGUUCAUUAGUCGCUUGUUAAAUUCGUCCUUAGGAUGAACCAUUGGCAACUGUGCUCUACUGACUUUAAUCCCAAAUGUCAGCUUCAGUGUGCCCAAGCUCCUAAAAAAAAUUACCAAUAUGUCAUAAAAUAUAUUUUUUAAAAGAUGAUAAUAUAUAUUAUUAUAAUUAAGAUAAGAUAAGAUAUGCCUUUAUUCGUCCCUUAGUGGGGAAAUUUGCAUUGCACAGCAGCAAGAGUACAGAAUCAGUUAAGCAGUACAAAAUACACAAUAUAGAAAUAUAAACAAUAUUAACAAAAUCAACAGUUUUUCCCAGAGUUAUAUACAAUACAGUAUGUAGAUAAUAUGAAACUAGAUGAGAUAUAUGACCAGUCUAUACACUGAGAUCUUGCUAGUGAGUUAAUAUGAGGCAUUAUGGAAAUACUUCACAUUGAACUUAGUAUAUUGCAUUUAGAGCCCUUAAUAUUGCACAUGGAGGUUGAUCAGAUAUUGCACAGUGAAUGGGGUCUGGAGUAACUAUACUGACUAUAAAAGCAAGUAUUACACAGUUAAGUAUAAUUAAGUAUAUACAUAUGAUUACAUAAUUACACAUUUUAAAUUAAUUAUAAAGAAAAGUGUACAGUGUACAAAAGUUAGUAUUGUUGCAAUCCUGACUCACUGAGGUGGACUGUGCCAUUAUAAUUCAGGGUAUGGACACUACCAUUAAUGCUAUAGUGAGUAAAAUUCUGAUACAUCUUUAUUUUGGAUUCUCACUAAAUUCACUUGAUUUUUUUUGUUCUUGCCAUGUGACAAUAUAAUGCAAAAAAAUGCAUGGAAUGCGAUGCUUGAUUGCAAGGCCGCCAUUGGUCAAAUUGGACCCUGACGCAGACUUGAACCUGAAUUUUGUUAGAUGCAUGUUUUGCAAUAAUACAUGUAACACAUGAAAUUUUUUGCACUGCAAAAUAUCAAAUUAAGACAUUAAAGGUAGCAGCUGUACCAUUACACCACCCCAAACUGACAUGUGAGUAGGUGAAUUUUGACAUUUUAUUCUCUUAUGGCACACGUAAUUUGUGCAUUUGCCAUGAAUGCGCCCCCUUCUGCCCCACACACAGCACGUGUUUAAAGCGGUUUUGACCCAAUACUUUGAACAGUAGUACUCUAUGUCCCUUUCACAUAGUGAUGCUGUUCCACCACGUCCUCUCCCCCAAAGUCAUAUGACGAGAUACACGAUUUGACCUUAACACACAAAAACAAACGCUAUGGCGCACAUCGCCUCAAUGGGUAAUCCAGCACUAAUCCUCCUGCCCAAUCAGAUAGAGAGACGGAUGACAAGAUGAGGGAGGGAUUGAGCGGGGAUGCAAUUCUGAGAUUUUUGUGUUACACUGGUGUAGCAGUUUUUGACCUUCGGCUCAGCCGUCAAAUCCUCCUCUUAACAAAGCGAAGGCCACAGAGGCCCAAAGCUGCCUAUAGCGGGUCCUGGCUUGGCGCGUACGCCUGAGGGACCUCACAUGAGUCACGACAGUCAACCAGAGACGAGUGACAGCGUGAUUCAUACAGAGAGAGCGAGAGAGAGAGAGACUCCUUCUCUUUGCCUUCAAAUGGCAGCCAUUUUGGGCUUAUUGUUGCCCCGUGCACCCCCACUCUCUUGCACAUCUUUGACAAGGACACUUGUGUCUCGCCUCACUCCCUCCUUCCUUCCUUCCUGCUCCAUCCCCACUCAGCUGUUCAUUAGAUUCGACACCCCCGACCCCGCCAGCCAUUGUCAGAACACAGAAAGGGCAAAGUUGUUGACAUGCGAGUCGUCAUAUUUGUUUUUACCCACAGAGAAGAAAGUAACAUAAUUAAAUCAGAGAACGAGUGCCCUCAUGAUAUUUACUUGUGACUUCAUGAAUUAUAACAUUUGAGUCAAGUACAGCAUGAAAUGUAACAAAAAAAAAAGGCAACUGUCCCCUCUUUAAGUACCUCUGUCCAAUCAGCACCGGCGAUGCAGUCGGUUCCUCCAAUUAGCUUCCAAGCUAAUUAAACGCCAUCUCAGCUGGAGCACUAAUUCACUUCAUCCAAUCAAAACCCGCCAAGAUCUACCUGAGGGACAGAAAACACGUGAUGGUACAUCAUGAGGACUUUGUUGGGUUCAUUUAAACGUGACCUUGAAUAAGGCAGAAUAAUUUUGGAUAUGAAAUGCGGGCUUAUUUAACCUUAACAAAAAUGGCCCCAUCCAUCCAUCCGGGUCCGGGUCGCACGGGCAGCAGUCUUAGUAGGUUCAGCCCAGACUUCCCGGCCCCCGGCCACCUCCUCCAGCUCCACCGGGAGGACACCAAGGCGUUCCCAAAGCCAGCUGUGAGACAUAAUCCCUCCAGCGUGACCUCUAGGUCUGCCCCGGGGGCCUUUUCCCGGCUGGGCAUGCCCAGAAGAACACCUCACCAGGGAGGCGUCCGGGAGGCAUCCGGACUAGAUGCCCGAGCCACCUCAACUGACUCCUCUCGCUCUACUCUGAGCCCCUCCCGGAUGACUGAGCUCCUCACCCUACAAAAAAUGGCCACUACUUGUAAUUGAUGAAAUAUUCCUUCAUAUGAAUUGUGCCUGUUUCCACUACAGAUGAACACAUGCUAUGGUAAAAUCAAUAAUAAUAAUAAUAAUAACUGUGCGGUUUGUUAUGAAGUCAAAUGUAUAAUAUUAAUAUCACCGCAGCUCUGUGAGUUGUGCUAUGGUUGGCGUGAUAUUUGACGGACACCAAUGUAAAUAUACUGGAGUGUUCCAAAAAACAAAGUAUCUAGGGAGAAAAAAAAUAAGAAAUACUGUUGUUGUGUAGUAGAACGCAUGUUGGCUGGUAGUUUAGACAUGUACUGUAUUUUUUUUUUGUCUUUUUUCUACUUGCUCUUGUUCUGUUGGCUUUUUAUACGUAAUGAAAACAUUGUUUAUUUAAAACUGCUGAGAAAGAAGAUUCAAUGCAAGCAUGUGAGCGUUUUUUUUUUCUUUCCAAAAAUCACCCCAUGACCCCUUUAAAGUCAUGCAUAUUAUUAUCAAAUUGAUCAAGUUAAAGGCUAUCAAUAGCUUUCUUUAUUAAUGCACCAGAUCGGGACACAAAGGCGGCCAUUGUGUUUGCGGUGUUUGUCGCAGGCUGCUCCAGUUAGCCUGCACACACACACACACACACACACAAAUUGGGGUUUAAACUUCUUAUUCAUAUUUCUCAGCUUCAUUUAUGGUAGCACUGUGUGAGUGCCGGGAGCAAAUGUUACGACAAAGUACAUAUAUAUAAAAAAUAAGUGAUGAUUAUUUAAUAAAGUAUUGAGAUGAACUGUU